AUGGAUUAUGUAACAAAAACGGCGUUUUUUGUGUGCGCUUUGUGGUGGAGUGCUUUAGCUGGACAAGUUUAUGAUGAAACACCACCGCCUAAGCCGUAUGUUUUCAGUUACAGUGCUGGAAGGAUGCCUGGACACGUAGAUAGAGUACAUAGCGAAGUUGGCGACGAAUAUGGGAGAAUUAGAGGUUCUUAUUCAUAUGUGGACCCCAGACAACAAGUUCGUACUGUAGAAUAUCUAGCAGAUCAGAAUGGUUUUCAACCUCUUUUAAUAACUAACCCAACACAAGACACAAGAGCUGUACAAAAUGCUAAAACCAAACAUUAUGUUUUAUACAAUCAAAUAGCUGCAGCUCACCAAAGAGAGGCGGAAGAAAGGGGCCAUACCGAAACAUUUGAAGACUAUUCUGACGAUGACUCUGGUUUUGAUCCUAACUUAUUAAUAAGUCACCCUCAAGACACACCAGUUGUUGAAAGAGCCAAAUUGAAACAUUAUGAUUUGUAUAAUAAAAUAGCAUUAGAACAUGCUAAAAUUGCUGCUGAAAGAGGAGACUAUGAACAAAAUUCAUCAAAAGAAGACAUUGUAAAAAUCGGUUAUUGA